UGUGGUUACCUUCACAAACUCUAACAGUAACAACAUGCGUCUUACAAGUCGGCUACUUCAGUCCUUUCCGUCCCGGAUCACCUUUUUCAGGCGUGAAGGCUGUGGUCUGUGUGUUCAGGCAAGAUCCGUCUUGUCCGAUGUCUGGGACCGCCGGCCUUUCGAGUACAAGGAAGUCGACAUUGUCAAGCCAGAGUCUAAGGCCUGGAGAGAUCUCUAUGACUUUGAUGUUCCAGUGAUUCACAUCAGCAAGGCUCAAGCCCCAGAAGAAGACCCCCAACUCUCCUCCAAGGCCGUCAAGUUGAUGCACCGCUUCACGGUCGAGCAAGUUGAAACUAAAAUGAAUCAAGUCGAAGAGUCAUGA